UAAAAAAUAUGGUUCACAACGAGUAAUUUCUUAACGAUUUAUUAAUUAAAAUCACGUGUCCGAAGAAUUACGUAGAAGGGAGAUUCCGAAGGUGUACACGGAUAUAUACGUAUAUAAUAUUAUCACAGGUUUUUACGUAAAUGUGUGUGUACGUGUGAAUGUGUGUGCGUGUGUGUGAAAACGCCGCGCUACAUUCUCUCUCCCCUCUCCUAUCUCCAAUAUUCCGAACGUAAAGCGACGUUGAUCCUCUUGCGGUUUUCCGACGUUCAGUUUACGAUUGCUUUUGCAUUAAGAAAGAAGCGAUGCCGUGUAAUAUAUCCUCGUGUUUUCGUUUAAACUCGUUAUUGUUCGUAAUUUUACGAAAUAACACGUGAGAAAAGGUGGAAGAAACUUUUAACAUUCGAGUUAUCUAUAAUUAUUUACACUCAUAUAUUUUAAACCCGGAAGAUUUACAACGUGAUAUAUACAAUAGUGCGAUAAGGCAACAAAAAAAACAUUUUCUUUGUCGUCGUCGUCGUCUUCUUUGUCAUCAUCAUCGAAAAAAUAGUUUUUUUUUCGUUACUAAAAUCUUGAAGAUUAUUUACACGAACGAGAAAGAAAAAAAAUGUUUCAAUUAUCCUUGAGGAUUCUACUUGCUGCAUUGAUGUUUGUGAAUUUAGCAUUCACGGUUCCCACCGAAGAUCCUAAUCUUGGCUCGAAUAAAUCGAAAAACGUGAUCAUUUCAGCUGAUGUAGAAAAUAUUACAAUUAAUCACGAGACAUAUAAGGAAGAUAAACAUUUAAAAGAAGGUAAUAAAAAUGUAACAGUUAACUUGACAGAUCAUCAAAAACCAUCAUCGAACGAAGGGGCAUCAUUAACUAAGACAUUCCUUGCAACGUUGCAUAAUAACCCAAGCCCUAUCCCUCCGGUAUUGGGAAAGAAGGAGGAUAAUCAUACUAAUCAAAAUGCAACGAAACGACCGAUCGAAGAAACAACACCUAUUAAUCAAGUUACCGAGAUUAAAAAUGCAAGUGAUUUUACCGGAGAACAAAAAGAUUUGAUCGAAGUAUCGGUGUCUCCUCGAGACGAAGAAGACAUUACAACUAUUGUCCCCGUACUAUUGGAUAAAAGUAAUUCGUCCGUUACCACUGUUACAGAAGCUACUGUAUCAUCAUCAUCAUCAUCAUCAUCAUCACCAUCAUCAUUAUCAUCAUCUACCACCACGUUGAAAAGUAUCAACAGGACGAUUACCGUAGACGAUGCUACAAUUACAAAGGAAAAACCUAAUAAAGAAAAUCCUGAUAAUGAACAUAAAGACAACGUAGAAAAUACAACUUAUCAGAUGAAUACUACUACUACUACUGCUACUGUAUCGAUUAACGUAACAACAGAAACGAUAGAAUCAUCGAGCGUGACAUCAAAACCCACAGAGGUAACUACCGUUGUGUCUUCCGAUAACGAUCACGUGGAUGUUGGAAUCAGUACUGCGGCGGUAGAGAAGAAGGAAAGUGUCGUAGAACAGGAGGUAGAAUCGAAUAUUAAAAGCAAAACAUUAACUGCCAAUGAAAAAGAUAGCAAUGGAAGUAUGCCACCUGGUAUUAUUGUAUUAGUAACGACACUCGCAUUUGCUGCUGCUAUCGUUGUUGGGUAUAUCAGUAUGGUUAUCUGGAAGCAAUAUCUCGAACACAGAUACGGACGUCGAGAAUUAUUGGUGAACGAGUUGGAAUUCGAUACGAACGAUUUGAGACAUUUUGAGCUCUGACUUGAGGAAGAACAUAAAUGAUAUUAUCUGAUGUGUGCUUGCCGAGUCAUACGCAGAUCAUGAGGUAACUCACGAUUCGUAUUGCAAGUUUCCUGAGAUAAAGGAGGUUUUAAAAAUCUGUGAUAUCGCGUAUAUAUAAUAAUAAUAAUAAUAAUAAUAAUAAUAAUAAUAAUAACCGAUUUUUUUUUGCGUGUGUGGAAUAUAAUCGGUGUGUUACAAUUACAACAACAUAAUAUGUACUAUA